AUGGUUAAUGAAAUGGGUCCUCCAUGGUUGAAGUCAAUGCUUAAAAGUGAUUAUUUCUUUCCGUGUCCGUCCCAUUCGGAUUCAAAUAAAAGUGAAUGCAAUAUGUAUUGCUUGGAUUGCAUGGGAAAUGCAUUUUGUUCUUACUGUUUGAUCCAUCAACAGGGUCAUCGCCUUGUUCAGAGAUUAAGAGCAACAAAACUUAAGAUUUUAGCUCAAGUCGUAAAAUAUGGGCGACUUGAAAAAGUUCUGCAAUUUGAAACCAUCUCAAUAAAUCUUGCACCAGCUCCCAACAUUGCUCAUGUCAAUUGUGGGAAUUGCCGCACAACGCUUACGUACCCAUAUGGUGCUCCAUCUGUCAAAUGCGCUGUUUGUCAGUAUAUCACUAAUGUCAAUAUGUGUAAUGUUAGGGUCCCCAUUCCCAUGCAUCGGCCAAAUGGAGCACCUUCUUCAGCAUCAAUGCCCUCUAGUUCAGCAGAUUUACCAAAUUCUCAGAGUCAAACUGUCGUCGUGGAAAAUCCCACGUCCGUUGACAAGAGUGGCAAAUUGGUAAGCAACCUCGUUGUCGGUGUUACAAUGGAUAAAAAAUGA